AUUAUCUUUUUAUCCAAAUUUCCUUCCUCAAACAUGCACCACAAAUGAAUAGAGAACUCCCACAAAAAUGCAACCAUACCCACCAAUUGUCUAAACAAAACAGUGUUCUAACCUCCAAAUAGCUUCUAAGUUGAAGAGAAAAGGGUCUGAGGAAAAGUUUUCAACCUGCUGAAGAUUUUCUGGUUUUGGUGAGUUCAAUUUGAAGUGAGCAUGGCUUUCUCCUUUUCUUCUUGUGCAAUCACAAAGCCAUUUUUGGGGGUCCAAGAGAGAAGGUUGAAUUGUGAAGUUCUGAAGAAAAAUGAUGUUUCUGCUUUGAUAAAGUGUUCAUCUAAAGAGUCUUCAGAAUUGCCAGAAAAAGGGUCUAAGUUGGGGAUUGGUUCUCCCAUUAUUUUCAUUGAAGCUCCCAAGAUGAUUAAAACUGCAGCCACCAUGCCCUGUCUCAGGGUUAACACUGGCCAAGUUAAAGCUGGUGAUGUUGGAAGGAUUAUCUCAAGAAAACCCAAAGAUGUUUGGGCUGUGAGGCUCAGAAUUGGAACUUAUCUCAUAGAUGGGAAAUAUUUCAAGCCCUUGGAUCUGGCUGAGUCAAACUGAACAGUGACCGAGAAAAUAGAAAUUGGAGACAAUAUUUUGUAUAUCUUGUGCUGCAUUGUGUAAAUUAGUUAGUACAUUAUAUGAAAUUAAUGUUUUUUGUCUUUAAAAUAAAUAUAGAAAAUAUCCCAACCUCCUGAUUUGUAAUCAUUAUAUUAUAUAUUAUUAUAAUAGUAGAGUUUAUAUUUAA